CUCGACAGCCACACCAUGGAGGACCUGUCCCUGAUUGGUUCGGUGCGCGGCCGGAAUAAACACUCUCAGAGUAUAUAUAUUGCUGCAAGGUGUGACACUUCUAAGAAAAAGAGCGCUCCCUCUCAGAAAGCUUGCGGCAGAGAAACGGCAGUUUGCCAUCAGCCAAAGAUUCAGGAUGAGGGCGCAGAUCCAAAAAGUUCCUCAGAUUGUUGAGCUGCUGAGGAAGAAGUCUGUGGGGCUGCAGCACUUCAAGCCCACAUCCUCCGUGUGCGUCCUGGAAGAGAAGGAUGCUGUGGAGGCUGCGCGGUGCCCACACGCUGCCUUGAAGGCGCAGAGUUUGGACGCGAUCCCGGGACCAACCAACUGGCCCCUGGUCGGCAGUCUGGUGGAACUCCUUCUAAAAGGAGGCCUGAUCAGACAACAUGAAGCUCUGAUUGAUUAUCAUAAGAAAUUCGGGAAGAUCUUCCGGACGAAGCUGGGAUCCUUUGAGUCGGUGCACAUUGGCGCUCCUUGCUUGUUGGAGGCGCUCUACAGAAAGGAGAGUAAUUACCCCCAGAGGCUGGAGAUCAAACCCUGGAAAGCAUACAGAGACCUGAGAAACGAAGCGUACGGACUCCUCAUUCUGGAGGGGAAAGACUGGCAGAGAGUCAGGAGCGCGUUUCAGCAGAAACUCAUGAAGCCGACAGAGGUGGUGAAGCUUGAUGGCAAAAUAAAUCAGGUGCUGAUGGACUUCGUUGACAGGAUUGGAAAAGUAAGCAACAACGGGAAGAUUGAAGACUUGUACUUCGAACUGAACAAAUGGUCGUUUGAGACAAUCUGUCUCAUCCUGUACGACAACCGAUUUGGUCUUCUGCAGGAGGAAGUCAACGAGGAAGCCAUGAACUUCAUCACAGCUGUGAAAACAAUGAUGAGAACAUUUGGUAGGAUGAUGAUCACACCUGUGGAGCUCCACCAGAAGCUCAACACCAAAACGUGGCAGGACCACACCGCGGCAUGGGACUGUAUUUUCAGCACAGCCAAAGUCUACAUUGACAAGAGACUGGAGAGGAAUGCCAACAGAGAUCCGGAUGAUUUAAUCGAUGACAUCCUGCAGCAAAGCCGCCUCUCCAAGAAGGAGCUGUAUGCCUCCAUCACCGAACUGCAGAUUGGAGGAGUCGAAACAACCGCCAACAGCAUGCUGUGGGUUAUUUUCAACCUGUCACGUAACCCUGCUGCUCAGAAGAGGCUGCUGCAGGAGAUCAGAGAUGUGGUGCCUCCAGACCAAGACCCCUGUGGAGAGCACAUCAAGAGCAUGCCCUACCUCAAGGCCUGCUUGAAGGAGUCUAUGAGGUUGUCGCCAUCUGUUCCGUUCACCAGUCGGACCCUGGACAAAAACACUGUGUUGGGAGAUUAUGCCAUUCCCAAAGGAACAGUGUUAAUGAUUAACUGCCAUGCAUUGGGAUCAAAUGAGGAAUAUUUUGAUGAUGGAAAGCAGUUCAAGCCUGAGCGCUGGCUGCGGGAGAACAGCACCAUCAACCCCUUCGCUCAUGUUCCUUUCGGUAUCGGGAAGAGGAUGUGCAUCGGUCGACGGCUGGCGGAGCUGCAGCUGCAGCUGGCCAUGUGCUGGUUGGUCAGAGACUACGAGAUCGUGGCAACAGACAAUGAGCCUGUUGAUGUGAUUCAUUCUGGACUUUUGGUUCCUAACAGAGAACUGCCAGUAGCCUUUGUCAGGAGAUAAGGCCUUAUGCUCUUCUCCCCUGGACGUAACAAAAGAAAUAUUUUACUCCUGAUGGUCCAGUGACUCCCUGCAUUGCUGCUGUGUACAUAAAAACAGAAAUAUUUGUAAUUUUGUGCCAUAAAUACCUCAUACUUAUUUAAAACUAAUAUGUAAACCUGUUAAAGACAUAAAGAGCAGUUGUUAAUUUACAGACUGAAUAUUGUAUCAAGGCAGCUGUCCUGAAAUGUCUGACAUUUAGAUACUGAUUACUUUAUACUAUUCCCUGUUUUUAACUUUAUAUAUAAAUAUAUAUGUAUGUAUAUAAGUGCCAUCCCUAAUGCGUAUUUUUAUAUAUAUAUAUAUAUAUAUCAUUGUAGGUAUGCUUCUCCUAUAUUUCUGUACAUUGUAAAUAUUUCAUUCAUCUAAAUAAAUCAAUUUUAAAAAUA